AUGGAGCAUUUUAUCAAUGGAUUCUGUGGGAAUGAGAAAGAAACCCGACAGGCAAUGCUCGAGAGCAUGGGGAAGGUGAAAUACGACUUCUUUUUCGACCGCUUGAUGUAUUACUUCUUUACGGAUGAGGAUGCUGAACACUUGAAAUCCCUUGGCCUAAAUUGUCUGAGACUGCCGUUCAAUUACCGCCACUUUGAGGACGACAUGGCGCCAAGGGUGUUGAAAGAAAGCGGUUUCAAGCAUCUUGAUCGUGUCAUCGAGCUUUGUGGCAAACAUGGUAUCUAUACCAUCCUUGAUAUGCACUCUUUGCCUGGGGGUCAAAACCAGGAUUGGCAUUGUGACAAUAUCACGGCAUAUGCAUCCUUCUGGGAUCAAAAGGACUACCAGGACCGGGCUGUAUGGCUUUGGGAACGAAUCGCAGACCGUUACAAGAAUGAUUCGUGGGUAGCUGGAUAUAAUAUCAUGAAUGAGCCAGCCGACCCAAAAGGGACACGUCUGAUCGCUUUCUAUGAACAUGUGGAAAGUUCUAUCCGAAAGAUCGACCCAGAUCACAUUCUCUGGCUGGAAGGAAACAUGUAUGGCAUGGACUUCGAGGCAUUCAUCGAAGCCCUUCCCAAUUGCGUUUAUUCCAUUCAUGACUACAGCACAAUGGGGUUCCCGGAUGGCCCCAAGUACAACGGCUCCGCAGAGCAAAAGGAGAAGCUUGAACGCCAAUUCCUCAGAAAGUGUGAAUUCAUGCAGAAAAAUGGGCUACCCGUUUGGAAUGGCGAGUUUGGUCCAACAUUUGCGAAACCAUCUGAUCUCAACGCCGAGGAGACCAACAAGUCCCGAUUGAGUUUACUCGCAGAACAACUCAAGAUAUAUGAAAGCUUUGGUGCUUCAUGGGCUUUGUGGACAUACAAAGAUGUUGGCCUGAUGGGUAUGCUUUACACGUCACCUACCUCCGCCUGGAACACCCUCACCGCGGAUUUCGUUGCUAAGAAAGAGUCUCUUCGACUUGACAGCUCUCCUAGCUUUGCUGUUGAAGAGAUUGAUAGAAUCCUCUCCCCGCUGGUGAGCUGGAUAGAGAAAACAUGCCCACAAGCCGGAAAAACCUUUCCCAAGGUUUGGGGAGUUCGGAGGCAUAUUGAACGCCAGGUUUUCCAUGUUUUCUUGGCUCAUCAGUACUGUGAUGAAUUCGCUGCUCUUUUCAAAGACAAAACAAUGGAAGAGCUGGAAGAGUUAGCCCGAAGCUUUGCUUUUAGCGAAUGCUUGCAGCGGGAAAACCUCGAUGUCGUUCUGUCUCAAGCAGUGAACGCCGAGUAG